AUGGCUGGCUUCUCCAAGUUCCGACCGGGCUUUCGUCGCGCCGCGACAGACGCAGCACCCGAGCCUGUCGUCAUUCAAGAGCUCACGAAAGAUGAGAAUGGUGAUGCCGUUGAGACCCAAAAUGGCGCUACGGGACCAAACGGAGAGCCGCUGGAGGUUGUCCCCAGCGAAGACGCCCAGCGUGGUGUCCGGGACGUCGAGGCCGUGACUUUGACAUGGUCCAAGAAGACGCUGGCUGCGGUCUUCUUCUGCAUGUUCAUGCUGUACUUUGUCAAUGCGUUCCAAACCGCGGUUGUGUACAGCCUGAUGCCGUAUGCGACAAGCGACUUCGAGAGCCACUCCCUCCUCACCGUCAUCAACAUUGUCGCAAAUGCCAUGUCUGCGGCAGUAUACAUUCCUCUGGCCAAGAUGCUGGAUCUCUGGGGCCGUGCUGAGGGUUUCGCUCUCAUGAUUGCCUUUGCCACUUUGGGUCUGAUCCUCAUGGCUGCAUCGAACGGCCUCGCUACAUUCUGCGCGGCUCAGGUCUUUUACACCGUUGGAUUUGGCGGUAUGACUUACAGCAUCGACGUGAUAACGGCCGACACAUCGAAGCUGCGAAACCGAGCGCUGGCCUUCGCCUUUACAUCUUCUCCCAACAUGAUCACGGCCUUCGCGGGCCCGAAAGCGUCUGAGGAAUUUCUCGCCCAUGUCAAUUGGCGAUGGGGCAUUGGGUGCUUCGCCAUCAUCCUCCCAUUCGUCGCCGCGCCUCUCUACAUCCUGAUGAAGCUCAAUCUGCACAAGGCUGAGAAGCAGGGCCUUACGGCGAGGGCGAAGAGUGGCCGCACAUUGCUGGAAAAUGUUUGGUAUUACUUGUUGGAGUUUGACGCUCCUGGCGUCAUUCUCUUUGCGGGAGGUUUGACCGUCUUCUUGCUUCCCUUCACUCUGGCGGACACUGCCCCGAACGGAUGGUCUUCCGGCUACAUCAUCGCCAUGAUUGUCGUGGGAUUCGUCGUGCUGGUCUUAUUCGGCCUCUACGAGUCGUUCUUGGCCCCGGUGCCAUUCCUCAACGCCAAGCUUCUGACUGACCGAACCGUCGUUGGCGCCUGCAUAUUGGACGCGACCUACCAGGUCUCAUACUACUGCUGGAACACGUACUUCACUUCGUUCUUGCAGGUGGUCAACAACCUCACUGUCGCCGAAGCUGGCUACGUCUCGCACACCUUUGACGUGGUGUCAGGCGUCCUCCUGUUCGCCGUGGGUUUCCUGAUUCGCAAGACCGGCUACUUCAAGUGGCUCCUGUUCGUCGCAGUGCCACUGUACAUCUUUGCGCAAGGUCUGAUGAUCUACUUUCGCCAACCCAACGGCUACAUUGGCUACAUCGUCAUGUGCCAGGUGUUCAUCUCCGUCGGCGGCGCAAUCUUCAUCCUGUGCGAGCAGCUCGCCAUCCUGGCGGCUGUUGAGCACAGAUACGUCGCACCCAUCAUGGCGCUUCUCUACGUUGCCGGCAAUGUUGGCGGCGCUAUUGGAAACACCAUUUCGGGAGCAAUCUGGACCAACACGUUCGAGAAGUCGCUCGAGCGUAACCUGCCCGAGUCGGCCUUGCCUGAUAUCGAGGAUAUCUACAACAACUUGGACACGCAACUCAGCUACCCUGUGGGCGAUCCUGUUCGGUUGGCAAUCCAGCAGGCCUACGGUUACGCGCAGACGAGAAUGUUGGCCGCGGGCACCGGCAUCAUGGCGCUGACGUUCAUCUCGGUGCUUCUGAUCAGAAACAUCAAUGUGAUCAAGGUCACACAAAAUAAGGGCACUCUCUUCUAG